CUCAGGCCGGUCUUGGGGGCCGCGCGGCAGAAAUGCAAUGGCUCAUCUUGAUUCUGAGGUGAAAGAAGAAUGUCUGAGGGAAGACCUGAAGUUUUACUUCAUGAACCCUUGUGAAAAAUACCGAGCCAGACACCAGAUUCCAUGGAAGUUGGGAUUGCAGAUUUUGAAGAUAGUCAUGGUCACCACACAGCUUGUUCGUUUUGGUUUAAGUAACCAGAUGGUGGUUGCUUUCAAAGAAGAGAACACUGUUGCUUUUAAGCAUUUGUUUUUAAAAGGAUAUUCUGGCACGGAUGAAGAUGACUAUAGUUGCAGUUUGUAUACUCAGGAGGAUGCCUAUGAGAGCAUCUUUUUUGCUAUCAAUCAGUAUCAUCAUCUAAAGAACAUAUCCCUGGGGACCCUUGGUUACGGAGAAAAUGAAGACAAUACAAUUGGCUUAAAAGUCUGUAAGCAGCAUUACAAGAAAGGGACCAUGUUUCCUUGUAAUGAGACACUGAAUAUUGACAGCGAUAUUGAAAUAGAUUGUGUUCACUUAGACCUCUCCAAGUCCCCUCAGGACUGGAAGAACUCGUCAUUCUUCAAACUGGAAUUUUAUCGGCUCUUACAAGUUGAAAUUUCCUUUCACAUCAAAGGCAUUGACCUACAGACGAUUCAUUCCCGAGAGUUACCGGACUGUUACGUCUUUCAGAACACGAUUACCUUUGACAAUAAAGCUCACAGUGGCAAGAUCAAGAUCUAUUUUGACAGUGAUGCUAAAAUUGAAGAAUGUAAAGACUUAAACAUAUCUGGAUCUAUUCAGAAAAAUACUCAGUAUGUCCUGGUGUUUGAUGCGUUUGUCAUUGUGAUUUGCUUGGCAUCUCUUAUUCUGUGCACAAGAUCCAUUGUUCUAGCUCUCAGGUUACGCAAGAGAUUUCUAAAUUUCUUCCUUGAGAAAUACAAGCGACAUGUGUGUAACGCCGACCAGUGGGAGUUCAUCAAUGGAUGGUAUGUCCUGGUGAUUAUCAGCGACCUAAUGACAAUAAUUGGAUCCAUAUUAAAAAUGGAAAUUAAAGCAAAGAAUCUCACAAAUUACGAUCUGUGCAGCAUUUUGCUUGGAACGUCUACGCUCUUUGUCUGGGUUGGCGUCAUCAGAUACCUGGGGUACUUCCAAGCAUAUAAUGUGCUCAUUUUAACGAUGCAAGCCUCACUGCCCAAAGUUCUUCGCUUCUGUGCUUGUGCUGGUAUGAUCUAUCUGGGCUACAUGUUCUGUGGCUGGAUUGUCUUAGGACCAUAUCAUGACAAGGUGUGUAGCGCUAAUUCUUCCUUCUGCACAUUAGGCACUUGGGGCCCUUCCAAGAGGGGCCCCAAACUACCCUCUUCCCACUUUGCUCUAGCAUGUACCAUCGAUAUUGAGUUCUUCAAGGACAGUGACUAUGGCUCCUUGCUCUUUGUAUUCUCCAUGUCCAGCAUGGUACUUUUCUGCAAGGAACUGACUUCGGUGCUGUUCCGCAUCACUCUGGGGCCCACAGAAAACUCAGAGAGAGUGGAUUCAGUUCGUCCUGUGUUUGGCUAUGCCAUGUCUCCACUCUG